CCCCCCACUAAUCUCCACCACUAAUUCUCAGCCGUCCUCGAUCUCUGAUCGUCGAUCAUUUGACAAAAACUUGAUCGACGCAACUCCAAUUAUUGCUCCAGUGCCGCAAAAAUGAUGAACUGGGAGUACUGAGAAGAGUUGAUGGACCUGUGUCUUUUCUCUCUCUCUAUAAUUAUAAUUUUGCACGUUCUUAACUCUCUCUCUCUCUCUCUCUCUCUCUCUCUCUCUCUCUCUCCGUGUAUUCGUGUUUAUUUCUCAUUUCUGGAGGAUUUUCUGGUGGAAUCGUGAUUUAUCUGGCGUUUUGGUGGCUGCGACAUAGCGUGAACUCUCGAAGCCACGAUUCCGUGCUGAGGUUCUCGCUGAACUAAAGGUUGUUAGUGCUCGGGGCAGUUAUGUCAACAUCGGAGAGGCAGGCGCCGCCAUCGACGGUGACGGUGGCGCGAGAAGUGGAUCCGUUGCUGAAGGAUCUGAGUGAGAAGAAGCAGAGUUUUAGGAGGAACAUGGCGUGCCUGGCGGCCGAGCUCAAGGAGGUACGCGGCCGCCUCGCCUCUCAGGAUCAGUGCUUUGCCAAAGAAACCCUAACAAGACAGGAAGCAGAAACCAAAGCCAAAAUUAUGGAGGAAAAGAUAAGCAGACUGCAGAAGGAUUUAGAGCAGAGAAAUAUUCAGUUGCAAGCUUCAACAUCUGCUGCUGAGAUGUAUGUCAAAGAAUUGGAUGAUGUGAGGUCGCAACUUGCUGCAACUAAAGCAACUGCAGAUGUGAGUGCAUUAUCUGCUCAAUCUGCGCAAUUACAGUGUUCGGCCCUUGUAAAGGAAUUAGAAGAGAAAAAAUACUCUUUAAAAGAGCAUGCUCUUCGUGUAAACAAACUGGAAGAACAACUAGAUCUUCUACAGAAGGAUAUCCGAGCAAGAGAAUUUUCUCAAAUGCAACUGAAAGAUGAAGUCUCAAGAAUUGAGCAUGAGAUAAUGCACGCAUUAGCGAAGGCUGGAUCAGAUAAAGACUGUGAGCUUCGGAAAAUAUUAGAUGAGGUGUCCCCUAGAAAUUUUGAUAAGAUUAACAAGCUUUUGAAGGUGAAGGACGAAGAAAUAGCCACGCUGAGAGAUGAAAUCAAGAUUAUGUCCGCCCAUUGGAAGCUUAAAAUGAAAGAGCUGGAAUCUCAGCUAGAGAAGCACCACAGAGCAGAUCAAGAGUUGAAAAAGAAAGUUCUCAAGUUAGAGUUCUGUCUCCAAGAAGCACGGUCUCAAACUCGCAAGCUCCAAAGAAUGGGAGAGCGAAGGGAUAAAGCUCUGAAAGAAUUAAGAGAUCAGUUGGCUGCCAAACAGCCGAGCGCACCUCUGAGCAGUGAAAAGCACAAUUUCUGGGAGACGUCUGGCUUCAAGAUCGUAGUUUCAAUGUCAAUGCUGAUACUGGUAAUGUUCUCGAAGAGGUAACGUUAUUAGAUUAUCUAUUACUCUUGUAUAUUAGGAUCAGACCAGUAGCUAUUGUGGCGCACUCGAUUUUGUGUAGAAAUCUGCAUUUGUAUAGGUCUAUUUCA